UUUGACACUAUUUCUCGGGAUGAGGACCUAUAUGUUAGGCCAUAACUAGCCUGCACUUUGAAAUCUAUUUCAGUUUGAAUUUUGAAAGUGAGUGUGGCGUACCGUGUACGUAUCUGCAGAAAGUGAAUGAAUGGUAAUGGGGGAAGAAGGGUGCAAGGUAUGUGUUACAGGAGGCAGUGGUUACAUUGGUUCCUGGCUCAUCAAGAAGCUACUGGCCAAGGGCUACACAGUUCAUGCAACUCUCAGAGACUUGAAGAAUGAGUCAAAGGUUGGCCUCUUAAAGAGCCUUCCACAAUCAGAAGGAAAACUGGUGCUGUUUGAAGCUGAUAUUUACAACCCAAAUGAUUUUGACCUUGCAAUUGAAGGCUGCAAGUUUGUGUUUCAUGUUGCUACUCCCAUGAUCCAUGAACCUGGCUCCCAGCAGUACAAGGAUACUAGUGAAGCGGCAGUUGCUGGAACAAAAAGCAUUUUCCUGUCUUGUGUGAGAGCAGGGACGGUGAAGCGUCUCAUCUACACCGCGUCUGUUGUUUCUGCUUCUCCAUUGAAAGAAGAUGGGAGCGGUUUCAAAGAUGCAAUGGAUGAAAAUUGCUGGACCCCUCUCAAUGAUUCCUUGGCAUAUAUAUACCGUGACGAUCCUUUUCUUAAGGGCUAUACUUAUUCAAAGACACUGUCGGAGAGACAUGUGCUGAGCUACGGGAACGAAGAAAAUGGUGGAGGAAUGGAGGUGGUAACACUCACUUGUGGACUAGUGGGAGGUGACACCCUUCUAUCUUCUACACCCGCUAGCGGAGUAGUUUGUAUCGCUCAGAUCAUGCAGAAUGAAAGGGCGUACAUAUCACUCAAGUUCCUAAAGGAAUUGUUGGGGAAAAUUCCUCUUGUACACGUUGAUGAUGUCUGUGAAGCUCAUAUUUUCUGCAUGGAAAGCACCUCGAUCAGUGGAAGAUUCUUGUGUGCAAGUUCAUAUAUUUCAUUAGAAGAGAUGGCUAAUCAUUACGCUCUUCAUUAUCCAGAAUUCAAUGUGAAACAAGAAUAUGAAGAUGGGCUGAAGAAGGAUAUCAAGUGGGCCUCAACAAAGCUGUGUGACAAAGGCUUUGUAUACAAAUAUGACGCCAAGAUGCUAUUGGAUGAUUGUAUCAAAUGUGCAAGAAGGAUGGGUGAUAUCUAGUCUCCAUCUACACCCUUGAUUGCUAUAUCUGCUUGGAAGUUCUUAUGAAGAGAAAAAUUCAGGAAUGUUGAAAGGGAAAUCCGUGUCAAAAUCCCCCUUAUCAAGUAAGAUAUCCAAAUCCAGGAUUGGGGAGUUGGUGACUGAAGUUGGGGCUGAAACUAUCUCAGUGAUAUCAGAUUCUGAGGUUUGUAUGUUUCGGCAUAAUAGUCCAGUGCUGUCCAAGUCGUAUGCUGACAAACAGAAAGGGUUUGAUUCUGAAGUCGCUGGUGAUAUGAAUACAGGAGAAAAGCUUUCCAUGAAAUGGUUUUCAAUCAUGGUGUCGGGUAACAUGUUAUCCUCAUUUUCUGAUCCAAUUGAUGAAGAAGAAAAGGAAAACCAUGGGAAGAUAUCCUCCUUGGUUUCCAAUUCCUCUGUUUUGACUUUAAGCUCUGUUUCAAAGGUGAAAAUCCCCUCAGGGUUCUGUUGUUGUGUUUUCUCUAGAAGUGGUUGAUUCUUUUGGAAUUGAUUUUCCCCCAAACCUAUCUUUAUGUUUGAUGAGAAUGCCUUGUUUAAAUGCUUAGCUUGCGUGCAUGUAUGUCUUCCUCUGUAGGUCACCUCAAUUGUUGUUGGGUCUUCAUCUGACCUUUGAACUU